AUGACGAUUGGCAAGAUUGGCGAGUUUUGCGCGGCGUCGGGCAAUUGGUCGCUAUACGUCGAGAGGUUAGAGAUGUACUUCAAGGUGAAUACCAUUGCUGAGGAUUUGUGGUUGCCCACGUUAAUUGCAGUGAUGGGCGAGGAAACAUACGAUUUGUUGAGUAAUCUGGUUAGUCCGAAGAAGCCGGCAGAAAUGUCCUACGAACAAGUCACAGAGGUGUUACGUAAGCACUUGCAACCAAAGCGCUCCUUCAUGGCGGAAAGAUACCGUUUCCGUCAACGGCGGCAGAAUAAGGACGAGAGCAUAACACAGUACAUCGCGGAAUUAAAAAAACUUGCUAAACAUUGUGAUUUUGCUUCGGGCCUUGAAGAAAAUUUACGUGAUCAGUUGGUGUGUGGGUUAAAAAGUGACGUCAUUAGGCAACGGUUAUUCGCAGAGGACGGAUUGAAAUACGAGCGUGCCGUGCGUCUAGCGUGUGCUUUAGAGGGAGCGGAGCGAGACGCGGCGGCUGUGGACCAGGCGGGACCAAGCGAGGCUCGGGGCCGGGCAGAGGGCACGGGCGAGGUACACUCCCUGGUAGCACGAGCAGCGCACGCGCAGCAGGGUCGACGCAGAGGCGCGAGCGCAGCAACAGCUCGGCGGCCGAGUGGCGCAGCGCUUUGUAACGUGUGCGGGGCGAGCGAGCACGCCAGCAACGAGUGCAGAUUCAAGAAUUUCGUAUGUCGCUUAUGCGGCAAUAAAGGCCACCUUAAGCGAGCCUGUCCAGAACGAGCGGGGGCGACUGGCAGAGGAAGAGGCCGUUCAGGCGUGUAUAGCCUGCAAACUACGGUGAACGGGAAGGCUACGGAUGGCGGCCAGUCAGAGGAUUCUGAGCUGGAGGGUGAUCUUCAUCAGUUGUGUUUGAACAGCUACAAACCGGUGGAGGUGUAG